AUGAAAACUAAUAAAAAUAAAAAAUUAACAAGAAGGGAACGAUUUGCUCCGGGCAACACUGUCCGUUCGACUUGCUCUCGCCUCCACUACUCAGGCGGCGGAGGAGGAGAAGAACUGCAGAAAGAUGGGGAAACUGGCGGCGCUGAAAGCAGAACCAACGCUGAAGCUACCGCCUGCAACAACAAGAUCGCAUCUCCUAUCCCUGAUUCCCACAUUUGGAGAACGCGGAUUCGAAAGCGAAGGAAUCGAGAUCCAGAUCCAGAUUUCACAUUUGUUGUAGCAAUCGGUCUCAAGGUCGCGGCUGGAGCCGAAAUUUUCGCAGAACUAUUUGUCGAACGCCAUCGUGGGGCUUGCAAUCAUCCUGAAGGAGGGGGACUUAUUGCUGUCGCUCGAUCAUGUGGUGGUGGAGGUUAA